AUGGACCACUUUGCCCAAUCCCGUGGGGACGACGAUCUGUUUGACGACGAAAUCAUUCCCUUUGACGAACCGCCCUCCCCGGAGAAGGUCGCCGCUCAACUUGAGCAGGUCUCGCUUGAGCCCUCUACGGCCGUGACCAGUCCUCCCGCCGUCCCUCCGCCUGUCGCUGCCGAAUCUAUUCCACCGCCGGCGGCCGAACCUGCAACGGUGAAGCCACCGACGCCGACUGAACCGUCAUUCCCAGGGUUCAAGCCCAAGCAGAGGGGGAGGGGUGGCCAUGGCCCUGGACGGGGAGAAAGCGCAAGUAGGAAACCUGCUGUCGGGUUGGAGGACUCCAAGUGGGCAGCUGCACCGACACUACCACCACCACCACCAGCGGGAAAAGAUACCAAGUCUACACGGCCCCAGGGGAGACGGGGUCGACAAACCCCAGAAACAAACACUACACCUUCUGAACCGGCAGCUCAGCAGACGCCGGCUGAAGACCCAGCGUCAGAAUCGGCCGCCGCCGGCAUACCCAGCGGCCCGUCAAACACCACUGCACCUCGCAUCCCCGCGGUGCGCGGCGACCGUCUCUCCACGGGCGGGAUACGCCCUCCAAAACUCUCCGACGAAGAAUUGACGGCCAAACUCGCCGCGGCGAAGGAACGGUCGCAGUCCCUCGCGGCAGCGCACGCGCGGGCGCAGGAGGACGCCGCCAACUUUGAGGCGAGAGAACGACAAGCGAAGGAGAGGCGGGUGAGGGACGCCAAGGACCGGAGAGUGAUGGAAGGGGAGAGGGAGAAGAACCGGCAGAGGAAGAUGGCGGGCCAGCUGGGGAGGGAGUGGGAUCGGGACAAGGACGAGCAGCAGAUCAACGGGAGAGGGGGGAGAAGAGGGGGAUACUCCUCUGGACCGCCACCGCCACCACCAUCAGGUCCCGGUGAGGAGGAUGACUUGAAGAUGUACGAGUGGCAUGAAGACCGGGGACGGGGACGAGGGAGGGGACGAGCCGGCGGCAGAGGCGGCGCACGAGGAAGAGGUCGAGGGAAUCCCAGAGGAAGAGGAGGAUAUGGUGGCUAUAACGGCGACAACAGCGACAAUAACCAACAGCCAGGCUGGUCUGUCGAAACGGACUUUCCCUCCCUGCCCGGCUCUAACCCUACCACCGGAGAAUCGACAGGCGCAUCGACAGGCGCAUCAACAGGCGCAUCAGCAUCAGCUUCGGGUGCGGGUGCAGGGACGAAUACAGGCCCAGCCUGGACCUCUGGCGAUCUGGCAGGAGGAGGAGAAGGUGGCGCGAGCGGUGACGGCGGAGGAGGAUCCUGGGCCGAACAGGUCGAGUCCAGCGAACUCAGCGCAGAGAAUCGGGGCAAGCCCAGGAACCUCUGGUAG